AUGGGAAGAAACACUCUUUUGUUUCUGAUUGUGGGAGUCCUUCUGGCAUAUUAUGUUUAUACACCUCUCCCAGAUAAUAUCGAGGAGGCAUGGAAACUGGUGUGUUUAACCACAUGUAUGAAAACCCUAACAAAUUUGGCUUUGUUUGCUGAACUACUGGGAAUUACCCAUUUCAUUAACACUGCAACAUUCUUUAUAAGCUUUCAAGAAGUCCCACCCACAUCUGAUGAAAACGUGACUGUGACAGAGACAACUUUCAACAGCAUUCCUGUCCGUGUAUAUGUACCAAAGCGAAAGACAGAAACACUAAGAAGGGGGUUAUUUUAUAUUCAUGGUGGUGGCUGGUGCUUGGGGAAUGCUGCUAUAUUCAAUUAUGACUUUCUGUCAAGGAGGACAGCUGAUAGACUUGAUGCUGUUGUUGUAUCAACCAACUACAGACUAGCACCCAAAUAUCAUUUUCCAAUUCAAUUUGAAGAUGUCUAUAAUUCAUUAAUGUGGUUCCUACGCCAAGAUGUUCUUGAAAAAUAUGGUGUAAAUCCUGAAAGAAUUGGUAUUUCUGGAGACAGUGCUGGUGGGAAUUUAGCUGCAGCAGUGGCUCAACAGCUCUUAGAUGAUCCAAAUGUCAAGAUCAAACUCAAGAUUCAGGCUCUAAUAUACCCUGCUCUUCAGGCUCUUGAUAUGGAUUUGCCAUCAUAUAAAGAAAAUGCACAUUUUCCAGUUCUGAGUAAAUCACUCACAGUUAGGUUGUGGGGGGAAUACUUUACUACAGACAGGUCUCUUGAAAAAAACAUGCUCUCCAAACAACAUGUUCCAGUGGAAUCAAGCCACCUGUUCAAGUUUGUUAAUUGGAGUUCCUUGCUCCCUGAGAAGUUUAAGAAAGGGCACUUCUAUAGCAGUCCAACAACUCUUGGUAAUUCUGAACUGGCUAAAAAAUAUCCUGGCUUCCUAGAUGUGAGAGCUGCACCCUUGCUGGCUGAUGACAAAAAGUUGCAUGGUUUACCCCUGACUUACAUCAUCACCUGUCAAUAUGAUGUCUUAAGAGAUGAUGGCAUCAUGUAUGUCACCCGACUUCGGAAUGCUGGAGUUCAGGUGACCCAUAACCACAUAGAUGAUGGAUUCCAUGGAGUUCUUUCCUUUUAUGAAUUUAAAGUUGGAUAUAAGACAGAAAAUCAGUAUAUUAGUUGGCUAAAUGAAAAUCUAUAG